CAGCCACAGGAGCGGAUCAACGACUGCGCAAGCUAGGAAGAGUCAACUCAACUGAUCAGCCACACGGGCCUUCGUGUUUGUGUAUAUACUGGGGCCGGGUUCCUCUUCCUUCUAAUCGGCUUAUUAUCGCCCAUGGAGGUGAUGAGGUGAUGUACGUAAUGGCGACCACCGCUUCGAAGGCCAUCAUGGGCGUCCUCGCUGAGAAGCUCAAAGCUCUUCUUGGCCGAGAGUAUGAUCUCCAGGUUGGCGUGCAUGACGACGUCAAGUCUCUCCAGUCCGAGCUGGAGUUCAUGCAUGCCUUCCUCCAGGACUACGACUACGCGAGCUACCGCCACUACCUGCAGCAGACCACCACCAGUGCCCAAGACAAGGUGUGGGUGAGGAAGGUGCGGGAGCUUGCGUACCAUGUCGAGGAUGCCAUCGACGACUUCACAUGUCGUGUUGGCCCAGCUCCGAAAGAGAUCCCAGACAUGGUCAAGCACUUCGUGUACACGCUCAUGGCUCGCCACCAGAUCGCCAAGCAGCUACGCCGCCUCCGACUUGAGGCGCAGGAGUUGAGCGAGCAGCGCGCGAGGUAUCCGCCAUUGGGCACUCCUCCAAGCUCCACUACUACCGUGCAAUUGCAAUGGCAGUUGCCGCCCCCGCCCGAUGAGACGACGUCGACCAACCUGCUGGUGGGAAUCGACGGACCACGGGAUGAGUUCAUUGCCAACCUUACAAGUGCUGCAAGAAAGCAUGGAUCUGGUCGCCGCCGUGUUGCUUCCAUGGUUGGAAUUGCUGGCGUUGGCAAGACAACCCUGGCCAAGGCUGUGUACCACAGCCUCGAGGACUCGUUUCAGUGCCGAGCGUUCGUCACUGUGUCAAGGAAACCAGACCCUAGAAGGGUUCUCAAGGACAUCCUGCAGCAGGUCAUGAUUACCACUGGGAGUGGGAGUUCCCCAGCCAUAGCUAGUAUGGAGACAUGGGAGGACAGCCAGUUCGUGGACAGGCUCAGAGACAACCUCAAGGACAAGAGGUACUUGAUCAUCGUUGACGACCUAUGGGAAAUACCAGCAUGGGACCGUAUUAGCCGCGCUCUCCCUGACAACUCUCUUGAUAGCAUGAUUAUCACAACUACUAGAAACGAGUCUGUUGCCAAAGCAUGCUGUUCACGGCAUCAUCCUGGUCAUUUCGUGUAUAAGGUAGCAUCUCUGAAGCACCUUGACUCAAGGACAUUGUUUCUUCGUCGAACUUUUGGCUCCGAAGAUAAUUUCCCUCAUGAUUUGGAAGAAUUGUCAACGAAAAUCCUGAAAAAAUGUGCUGGUUUGCCACUGGUCAUAGUCUGCAUAUCGAGCAUUUUGGCUACUAAAGGGAAAGAAGCAACAGAAUGGGAGAAAGUGUACGACUCCUUAGGAUCUGGAAGCAAUGAUGGUCUCUCUUGGUUGUGGCAAGCAUUUGAGGUUAGUUAUGAUGAUCUUCCUCAACAUCUCAAGGUCUGCCUACUGUAUCUUAGUGCAUUUCGAGAGGACUACGCAAUUAGAAGGGAUCGAUUAACACGCCGAUGGAUUACAGAAGGAUUUGUAGAUGAAAAACCUGGUAUGAGCAUGCAGGAAGUAGCCGAUAACAACUUCACUGAACUAAUUGGCAGGAACAUGAUCCAGGCAGUGGACGUUGAUUGUUUUGGUGAAAUUCAUGCAUGCAAAAUUCAUGAUGUGAUGUUUGAUCUCAUCACCAAGAAGUCAUCUGAAGAGAACUUUGUUACAUUCAUACAUGGUAAAUCCACAUCCACGCAGCGACAAUUUGUCCGUCGGUUAUCUCUAGACUAUGGCACCACAACAGAUGAUUUAGACUUGACAAAUUUCAAUGUGACUCAUGUUCGAUCAUUGACAAUUUAUGGGAACAUUAAUAAACUUGAUUCUGUUCCACUUGGUAGAUACCUAAGGAUGUUGGAUUUUGAAUGCUGUGAAGGUGUGAACAGUAGACACCUGAAGGACAUUGGUGAGUUAAUCCUUCUGAAGUACUUGAGUCUUAAGAGUACAUGGAUCAGUGAGCUGCCCCGGCAAAUUGGUGAUUUAAAAUGUCUAGAGACCCUGGAUUUGACGCAAACAAACAUAAGAGAGCUGCCAGUGGAAGUUGCCCGGUUGCAGAGGCUGGUACAUUUGCUUGCUGGUGGUGCAGAGCUACCACAAGGUAUUGGAAACAUGAGACCUCUACAGAUAUUAUGCAUUAGGGUAGCCUGUAAGAGGUCUAAGGAAGCUGUGAAGGAGUUACUUAGAUUAACCAAUUUGAGGAAACUAGACAUGACCUAUGUGCACCUGAAAGGGAAAGAGGGAAGAAAGUACGAAGAUGAGUGUGUGAAUACUUUGUCUUUGAUAAUGAGUGAACUCUUCAAGUGCAAGCUCCAAUCACUGCAUUUGAAUUUAUUGGGAAAUUAUUCUAUUAGUUCAUUCCUACGAAUCUAUCUCACUCCAUCUUUAAUCACUUCACCACCUGAUCAUCUUCAAAAUCUGAGAAUAAUAGGAGACUACGGUUUCCCUUACGUGCCAAGGUGGAUUGGAUUACUCAGUAAGCUCACUGAUCUGGAACUAACUGUCAGAACUAUGUUGGAGAAAGAUGUAGAAAUAGUUGCAAAAUUAGACAGGCUUGUCCGAUUCCGACUCACGGUGAAAGAGCCAUCUACAACUACAAAAGGCAUCAUCGUUCUGGAAUCCGGAUUUCCUUGUCUCAAGGAGCUAUUUAUCAGUUGUAGGAUCAUGCCGGUGUCCUUCAAUCAAGGUGCCAUGCCCAAACUUGAGAAGUUUGUGUUACAGUUCCAUGCUUACCAAGGAGAUUCAAAACGUACUUGCCCAAGCAUUGAGCAUCUCAAAUCUCUUAUUAAGGGAUUCCAAUUCAGAAUAGUAGUUGGCAAGGGUCUCAGUCAUCGUGAAGUCAAAGAUUUAAAAAAUACCUUCAAGAGUGCUAUUUUCAUAUAGCCCCCCUGCAGAGUGGAGUACUGGAGUAGCGGCAGUAAACAUGGAUGGGUAAAAAUAAAUAGCAACAAGUAAGAAAACAUCACAUUCCUUGUAUUGUAUCAACUGAAUUAGCUUGUAUCCUGUAACAUGAUAUCCUACUUUCUUUCUUGAAUAAAAGUUAUGUCGGCAUGUUCUGUGAAUUUUGGUA